AUGGACUCACCAGAGAUAGAUUACGGUCCUGAGGUUUUUGAGACAAGCGAUGUCGAAAGCGAGCCAGGCAUUACAAGGGUGGAGGAGUCCAACGAAAGCAUAGCACGUGAUCCAUUGGCUCUGGCCCAGGACGCUGCUGCCAACUACGAGACUUCUGUGAUCAGCGACGAGUUGACCUUGGUUGAUUUCCUGGGGAAUGUUUCACGGAAAUUGGCCAAUAGCGGGUAUAAUGUACAGCGUUUGUAUGAAUCGCGGCAGCAAAAAAUGAGCAGAAUCGCGUUUGAGCUUGAAGAGUUAGAGAAGGACGGCAAGAGUCUGGAGAUCACAGAGUUGGGGAAGGUGUUGGAGAAGCUCAGGAAGCUGGAAAGUCAGGAAGGUGGAAUUGAGUUGGCGGUUGGUGAGCUUUUUCAGAACAUAGAUGCUGCGUUGAAAAAACCAACGACUGAAUCUGAGUCGAAGAAACCAGAUGAGGUUCUACAGCUCGAGAAACGAAUUGCUGAGCUCGAGCAGCUCGUGGGCACCGCUGAAGAGCCACCCACAAGUCUUCGAAACGCCAUCAACAACGCAACAAGGAGGGUAUCGGUUUUGUAUGAUCAUGAGUUUGAGCUUGACAAGGUGAAGGAGGAGAUCAGGCUGCUCAGCAAGGAAAUGGAAAAUUUUGCUACCGCAAAGAGAGUCGCACAGGUUGCCAGUGGGAGUGACGAGCCAGUGGCGCUUCAAGUAGACUUUGAGCAUAAAGUGGCGGCUCUUUAUGAUCGGUUGCCCGAAUUCGACAAGGUCAACUCCACGGUGCCUCUAAUGUUGAACAGGCUCAAGUCGCUACAUCAUGUGCACAGUGAGAGUGGCCAUGCCGUUGAGUGUGUUUCUGCUCUAGAUAAGAUGUUGAGUGAAAUGUCUUUGGACAUGAAGAAAUGGGAUGAGGCUAUAGACAAGGUGGACAAGAGCAUCACUCAGCAGCAAGCUGCGUUUGAGUCCAACGCAGUUGUUUUUGAUAAGAAGAUGGAUGCGUUGCUCGAGAGAAUAAAGAAGCAAGAAGCUGCCCGAAGGUAG